AUGCAAUCAAAUGAUAUACCGUGGGUUACGUCAUUGGAAAAUCCAAAAUUCGUUACUUAUAUGAUUGUAUGCGCCCUAUUGGUAUUAAAAAUGUGGUGGUUAACGGUUUUAACAGUGAUGAAAAGAAUGAAACACAAGGUGGUAAUGAACGAAGAAGAUACCAAAGUGGAUGGUUUCACGGUUGGUAGUCAUUCAGAUGUUGAAAGAGUACAGAGAGCUUUUCAAAAUGAUUUGGAGAACAUUCCAGCAUUCCUGUUUAUAGCGUUGGCCUACCUCUGGGUGUCCGUACCAUCUUGGGUAGUACAUUUCCUCUACUACCUGUUCUUUAUCGCAAGACUUGGACACUCUAUCGUUUAUGCUGUUGUUCCCAUAGGGCCACCUACAAGGUGCAUAUGUUUUGUUAUAGGGUUUUUCAUUGUGACGUACAUGAGUCUGCACGUGUUGAUUGCUGGUAUAGCAGCGUAUUGUAAGAAUUAG